AUGUCAAAAAACGCCAGCAAUUUCAACUUUUCAGGAAACAAUCACCCAGCCAGCGAGUGCACUAGAAAAGAUCUAGAAGGACAGGAUCAUGAAGCAGAACAGCAAACACAUACCCGGGUAAAACAAGACACAGGUCAUCAGUAUCAGCCAGGCCAGAACGGGGAUGAACAUACGCCAUUACAUCUUCAUGGGACGCAGAAUUAUCAAAAUAGUAUCAUUGCUCACGAAAAAACAUCCAUGACUCGAAAUGCAACAUACAGCCACUUUUAUGAUCAUCUAGCGUCAGAGGAUCAAGUUAAUGAUACCACCCUUCCAGCUGCAAAGCGAAAUUUGAACGAGAACUCCUUUGUGCUGGGUGAACUACUUGCUAUGGAUGGGAGGCGCCAGCACUCAGAAGCCAUAUCAGACGAUCAGGUCCAUCAUGAUGCUGUCUCAACUACGAUGCAGAGAUUACAUGACAAUACCUGUGCUCUUGUUGCUGCUUGUAGUGCCCGCCCAGCGUCUCAGGCUAAUGAGACGUGCGACCACAUUAAGACACCACGAAAAGUUAACGAUAAUAACAAUGUGUCUCCAACAAUGCUAGCCACGUUGCAAGACCAGGCCUAUAUGCCGAUUGGACAUCCAAUAGAGGUCAUAAGGAAGCAAUUUCAAGCAGAGAGCCACAAACUAGCUUACGAGGUACCAGAGACGCGCGGUGCUAUCCAGACAGGGUACCCUAGUAGCAGCAAUGCUGAAGUUACGAGAGACAUUGGCUGGCACAAAGCAAACUUAGAGAUACCCGAUCCAUUAAUUGGUGGUUACACGAAUGAAGAGCUUUUUGCGUUCAUCAGACGUUUCAACAAGGACAUCUUCGAUGUCAAAGCAGUGCCUAUUGUAACUGCAAGUGGACUUGACCUCAAUGAUGCAUGGUCUCAAGAUCACGCUGGUGAUAAAGUGGCUUUGCACUUACAGCGACUCUAUUUGUCCGGGGUUCUCGGUAUCGCAAGCCUUUGGAAGCAUAUCUCGCGACUUCGUUCCUGGAAUGAAACUCUCCAUACAUCCAUAUUCUGCGGAAUUUACUUCUCUGCAUGGUUUUUCAAUCUGUUAAUGCCGCUUGCUCUUGGAACUUUGAUACUGGUCGUAUCUUCGGUGAAAGCCCGCAAAAUAAUCUGUCCUCCAGCACCGCGUGCUUUAGUGAACACUAGGACAGGUGAGAUUCAGGAGCCGCAAGCAGGUCUUCUAGGUACUAAUGACACCCUUACUGGUGCUCCUGAAAAGCAACUUCAUGAAGCUGUUGAAGAGGAAGCAGCCAGUUUCGCUAAGAACAUUCGACACAACCUUCAAAGAGCUGUCGGUAUGCACUGCAAUCCACAAAGCGACGGAGAUGGAGAUCCACUGGAAGGGAAGAUACCUAAGCCUAUCAGAAAAACAGUUAAAGCCAUUCAAUCUGCAGGUUCUGCACCAGGCCACGUCACUGAGUGUACAGGUCAAACUCAACAGCCAAUGGAAGAAAUUAUAUGGGCUGGAGUAAACCCAGAAACCAUUACCAAAGCUCUAGACAAUGCACCACAUGCGAUCGGAGAGCUAGCUGAUAAUUGGGAGAGAUUUGCAAACGCAUUGACACCAACACCGCCAUUUUCUCGUUUUGCUUUCCUCAGGAUUCUAGUUGUUCUUGUCCCUUUAUUUCUGGUAUCUCUUUUUGUCAACUAUUAUAUAGUUUACAAGGGAACUGGGCUCGCCAUUGGAUUCGCCAUUUUUGGCGAUCCAUUGCUUACACGCACAAUGGCAUGGCUCAAAAGAAAUAUCCCUAAUUACAUGGAGCUUGCACAGCCCAAGAACAAUCUACUUUACGGAGUUCCCACAAACACCCAGAUCGCAAUAACGCUCCUCCGCAUCGGCGAGGCGCAGAAAACACCUCUUCCUCCUGUACCUAUCUCGAAGCCCAGUGAUCCAGAUCGUCAAAAUCCCAUUGAUGUUGAGAAUAUACCUCUCCCUGCCACCCACUCUGAGGUCCUAGAUGCGGCCGUGCCUUCAGUUGUCGAGAAACCCCACAGCGAGGACAAAGAAGAAAAGCCAAAACAUGAACACCUUUCUAAGCUGGCCCGGUUUUUCAAAGGCGGUGCUAAAUCUGUUGUUGAGGCGAAACUCACCGUUGAUCACGUUCGGGCCACAGCCGGUUCGCAGAAGGCGAAAGAUCGCGUUGGUGUGUUACCUAAGGCGAAAAGCAUUAUCUAUGCUGGGCCAAGCGAAUAUCAGUGUCGAUUCGAGGGGCAAAGUGGUUGGGCAGUCAUCACACAGUCUCCCAGAUUAAGUGUGCUUUUUACACGGGAUGACCCAAGACUGAAAAGCUCUAGAGAGCUGAAGCGAGUGUUUGAAAUUGCCGUGAAUGAUAUAUACCGGCUUAAGAGGGCAACAGCUUUUGAGAAUUCGGGACUCGAGGCAGUUGUGGCGUUAUCGUCAGACGAGAAGUUACUAGCAAGCUUGGAGAUUGAGGAUGAGGAUGAGAAAAUUUGGAAAUUAACCGUAGUACCGGAGCGAGAUGAGUUGUUCAACCGCUUGGUCGCGGCCGGUAAUCAAAGAUGGGAGAUCAUGUGA